UUUAUUAAAUUAAACAGGUUAUUUGAAUAGCGACUAUUGUUUACAGCUGAAAUUGCGUUGCCUCUGUUUACCGUUGAGUUAUUUUUCGUUCAAAACCGAUUGAUCGCAGCUGGAUUCGAUUUCAACAUGCUUUGUACAGAUUGCUGCAAGAAGAAAGAUGACGAGGAAAGGCUUACGGAGGAGAGGGAUCAUGACAACCUGAUGAUGCACCACCACUUGAGUGACGGACUUCCCGUUGCAAAGUACGAAUCAUUAGAGUACGAUGACUGCUACAACAGACCAUACCGAAACCUUAUCAACUCAUACACUCCAAGUUUCCGGACUAGACAUGCCUUCAUUACGUGGGUUCUCAUGUUUGUCAUUGGCUUCCUCACGGCCAUGGUUGGUCUCUCGAUCGAUUAUUUUGUGGGUCUACUGAUGGACUGGAAAUUCGAUGAAUCACAAAAAUCUGUUGAGAAGGAGGAAACUACUGGCAAACUGGCUCUGUCUCUUUUGGUCAUGAUGGGAUUCAACGUCGGAUUCGUUCUCAUCGCUACAUUCCUCACUUGUUUCGAGCCGUUCGCAGCUGGCUCUGGUAUCCCAGAGGUGAAGUGCUACCUGAAUGGAGUGAAGAUGCCCAACAUCACCCGAUUCAAGACUCUUCUCGUCAAAGCCAUUGGCGUACUCUUCAGCGUGGCGGGAGGCAUAUUCGUGGGACGAGAGGGCCCCAUGAUCCACAGUGGGGCUGUGAUUGCGGCAGGGAUCCCUCAGUUCAUGCUGCCCCAGGAGUGCUACGAGAAGAGCAAGAGGUGUGCCAAGUGCAAAAACAAGGGAUACAGAUACUACCGCUCCGACAGACUAAAGAGAGACUUCGUGUCUGCUGGAGCUGCUGCUGGUGUUGCAACUGCAUUUGGUGCCCCAAUUGGAGGAGUCUUGUUCAGUCUAGAGGAAGGAUCUUCUUUUUGGAACCAAGCUCUCACCUGGAAAUCACUUGCAUGUGCGAUGACAGCCACUGCGUCCCUCAACUUCUUCCUGUCUGGUAUCGACCAUGGUAACUGGGAAUCCUUCGACAACCCCGGUCUCCUCAACUUCGGCGCAUUCAACUGCACAGAUGACAACAACAGAGACUGUACUCUUUGGCAAGUCCAGGACCUUUUUAUCUUUGUCCUCAUGGGCAUGAUGGGGGGUCUUUUGGGCGCCAUCUUCAACCAGCUUAACUACUAUCUCACUCGCUGGAGGAUCCUCCAUGUCAUCCCUAAGGGCAAGUUCUUUAGAGCUCUGGAGUCUGUUCUGGUGGCGGCCGUUACUACACUCCUAACAUUCACGGCAUCCAUGACAUUGGGAACAUGUGUGUACGAUGGUGUGGCUGGAACAAAUCACACGGCAGCGUCGGAUAUUGUGAGUGACAGGAGGUCCUUCUUCUGCAACUCCUCCUCCGAGUUCAAUGACAUGGCCACGCUCUUCUUCAACGGACAGGAGGCAUCAGUCAAGGCCCUUUUCCACACUGUUGAUGACUUCUCGCUGCGUACCCUGGUCAUCUUCUUCUUCAUCUUCUUCUUCGUGGCCUGCUGGACUUAUGGAAUCCUGGUUCCCUCUGGUCUUUUCGUUCCCAGCAUCCUGUGUGGAGCUGCAUACGGACGUAUCUGGGGAAACAUUCUCAUGAAGUGGAACUACACCACUACUCUGUAUGCAGGCUCGUUUGCGUUAAUUGGCUCGGCUGCAUUUGUGGGGGGAGUGGUACGGAUGACGAUCAGCCUUACAGUCAUCCUUAUUGAGACAACAAACGAGAUCACAUACGGUCUACCCAUCAUGCUCACACUACUUUCGGCCAAGUUUGUGGGUGAUCUGUUCAACAUUGGCCUGUACGAUAUUCACAAUGAGAUGAAGGGCAUCCCCUUCCUGGAGUGGGACGCACCCGAGGGCGUUGACGAUCUGGAGGCGAAGGACAUAAUGUCCUCCAAACUACUGUGCAUAUUGCCACACAGCUCAGUGCAGCACGUGAUCACUCUCCUCAAAGAAACCAACCACAACUCAUUCCCGGUCGUCACUCCCGACAACGUCAAGGGCGACAAGGAAGAAUUGGAUGUGAUCGAACAGCUGCCGACUGGAAUUGCCAGCGAGAACCUCCGAUUCAGGAGGACUUCGAUCAUGGAGUCCAUGCAGACGCCCUCUAGAAAGAGUCUGGCGGAGGCAGCUGCCAAGGCAGACGGGACCGCACAGUUCCUCACUCUCCCAGGUACAGAUGACCCUAACUUGAUCAAGGACAGGUACAAUGACAUCAAGACUAACCCAGUUGAACCAAUGAGCAAAGUGCGAUUCCAUGGCGUGGUAACUCGGGCUCAACUAGUGACACUUCUGAAGAACCAAGUGUGGUACGAUCCAGAAGCAGGGGCGAUGUCUCAGCGUGAGUUGGACCACUGGCAGAUGAUCGAGGACUACCCCAGGUAUCCCUCUGUGUCCGACCUUGACCUCUCCAAUAUUCCAAAGUCCGUCGUCAUGGACGUGACGCCUUACAUGAAGAGUAGUCCGUACAUAGUGUCUCCCCACCUGGUGGCGCCGAAGGUGUUCAACUUCUUCCGCACCAUGGGACUGCGGCACCUCCCAGUCGUCAACAGCAUCGGAGAGAUUGUCGGAGUCAUCACCCGAACUGACUUGACCCACCAGGCUAUGGUGCACAAACUAGUGGAGAAGGCAUCCAAUAUAGCCACAUCACCCCACUAACUCCACUUGUCAUCACCAAAAGCGACACAAUAGACAUAGACAUAACCACAUGGGAACUAACGAUUACAAUAGCAUUCUCUUCUCAAAUCAACGGCGAAAACAAAAAAUUAACCAGAUUAUUAAACUCGAAAAUAUUUACUUGGAAGAUGAGCAAAAAUUAUUUAAUCAGUGUAUAUUAUACCAUCCUUUUCCUUAUAGCUUCCUUAAUUCAAAUAAAUUUAUUCGGUCA